AUGGAAUUUAAUGUUAUGCAUUCAAGAAUUCCCACAUUAAAAUGUAAAGCUAUGUUCUUAUGCUAUAUCAAAUAGAAGCCGAAAGUUCUUUCUAGCGCUAUCGAAAUCCUUUGAAUGAAUUUCAUAACAAAAGUGAAUCAAAUUCAUUUGAACACAAAUAAGCAGAAUUCCAAAUACCUAUUGGUUAAUAUAUGUUUUUACCCUCUACACCAAUAUAUCCAAUCUUAGGUAAUGAUUUUAAUCAUUUUCAGGUGAACAGAAGUAUGAAAUGUUAGAAUAACCAAAUUAUUUUCACAAAAAUAACAAUCAAGUAGAAUUAAAUAAGAAUGAGAAAGAAGUUGAAUACAAGCUAAAUCUAACUACAUUUGGAUGUAAGAAGGCCUGCUAGAUAGAUUGCUUAUUAGUGGAGAGAUAUUUCAAUCAAAAAUAUUGGGUAUGGAAACAUUCUAUAUAAAGAUAUUUUAAAAUGCCAAUCAAUAUUAUAAACUAGAUCAAAGCAAAAGGAACAAUGUAGACUGGCUUAAGGAAAGGUUGUAAUAUCGCUAUAAGCCUCAGGUUUACGAGGUAUUUGUGGAAAUGAUUGAUGGAAUUUUUAAUGAAGGACAAUUAUAAAUGAAUGCCAGAAAGGAACCUAUAAAAGUGACAAAUUAAAAAAUAUUCCAAAACUUAGAAAGAUAGAUUUCAAAAGGGCUAAAGCAGGAUAAAACUUUUGAUUCUUUCCUUCUUGAGAUUCAAAAAGUUAUUGCUGAGUUUAUAUUUACUAAAAUAAAUUGA